GCCAACUGGAAUGUCUACACAAACUCACCGCCCACCUUCUAAGCCUAUACUGACUUCAUCCACCAGUACAAAACUGCCUUAAACUCUGCCCAGUCUUCCUACUAGUCACACUUCAUCACAAAACGACCCCGAUAGCAGCCUGUUAGCAUGGAACCGAAACAGGAAGUCAUUGUAUCCCAGCUCUUCUCCCCGUCAGCGGUUGACUGCAGUUUUUUGCUACCUGACACAGUUAUGCCAUACGCCUUUGCUUUUCUUUAUUCUGCAAAAUACUGUAACUUGACUUGACUUGACACCUCAUUGACUUUGUGUUUUUUAAUGCCCAUUGGAACUUACCGUCAUACACGCUCGUACACUGCCAUCUACUGUUCAGUUCAUGCAAAUGCAGAUGCGAAGGAAAAAACCGACAAGCCUCCUCCCUUUUGGUUUAUUUAAUUGGCAAAUCUGUCAACUUGUAGCAGCAAGCGCGUGCAGAUCAGUUCGCUGCUCCGCUGGAAUCAUGGCCUUAAGACUGUUUGAAGAAAAAGAGCAUGUUGCUGCCUACAUGCAGUACAGAGUAGAGAAUCCUCAAGAAGUGAUCAACAGGAUGAUGGACUUUAUGAAACCAAAGGUGCAAGAGAAGUUCAACCUGGCAGUGGAUGUUGGAUGUGGCAAUGGUAAAGGCACCGUACUCUUGGCCCCCUUCUUCGACAAGGUUGUCGGGACAGAUGUGAGUCCCGCCCAGUUGGAGAUGGCGCUGGCCAAUAGCCUUUGUCCAAACGUGACUUACAGGCAGUGUCCUGCAGAAGAACUCCCAUUCGAGUCGAGUCAGGCCGACCUUGUGACGGCAAUGACGGCAGCCCACUGGUUCGACCGCCCGCGCUUCCUGACGGAGGCCGACCGUGUGCUGAAGCCCAAUGGCUGCCUGGCCCUGCUAGGUUUCACAAUGGACAUGGAGCUGGAGUACGGCAAUGCCACCAGUGACCUCAACAACAUCUGUGAAAAGUUUUAUGCAGCUCUACGACCCUUCAGAAACCCUUGUCUGGGCUCCUCCUUGUCAAAGAUCUACUUAGACAUGUUUGAAUCCUGCACCUAUCAGUACAAAGAGUGGAAUGACUGUCUAAGAGUUAACAGCAUGGUGACGAUAAACAGUUUCAUUGGGAUGGUAGAGACUGCCACCGGGUACCAGGAGCUGAAGCGCCAGGACGCCACUGAGGCCAAAGGCCUUUCUGACGACAUCAGGAACAACCAACUGCGAAACAAAGUCACCUCAAAUUUAUAAACCUAAUCCAUAAUUCCUCAGAUUUUUCUGAUUUCCUAACUCAGCUCUGUAUCCAUCUCACCACCCAUCGUGCUUCUGUGUCAUUUUAACAACCCUGACUCCGAACACGCCAUCGACUUCCUGGAGCUACUUCAAUGGUUUAAUAUUCAUCAACACAUCAAUUUCCGCCACUCCCUGUCAUGGACACAUCUUGGAUCUGUUCUGCUCAACUGGUAUCACCAUAUACAACAUCUCCAGCGCCAACCUCCACCUUUCUGACCACUUUGCUAUCACUAGAGACGCCUGAUGACGAGCCAUAAUCUCAAUUCCCACUUUGUACCCCAUCUCACUUACUUUCCUCCCCCCAUAUCUGACACUACCGACCUGGUCAACCUCUACAAUAAACACCCUCUCCUCCUGUCUCAAUAAUCUAGCACCCAUCAAAACCAGAACUGUUACAGGGUUAGGGUUAUGGUUAGGGUUAGGGUUAGGGUUAGGGUUAGGGUUAGGGUUAGUUAGACACUUGGCCACCUGUUUCAUUCCUGCUGUACGACAGAUGAAAACUAGAAAACACCAACUAGAAUGCCUACAAAAACUCACCGCCCACCUUCUAAGCCUAUACUGACUUCAUCCACCAGUACAAAACUGCCUUAAACUCUGCCCAGUCUUCCUACUAGUCACACUUCAUCCACACUGGCUCCAGUGACCCUAAGACGCUGUUCUCCACCAUCACCGAACUCCUCAAACCCAGCGGUAAUAUCUCCUCUUCAUUCACUGUCAACAAAUGUAACUUCUAAACGUAACAUCAUCCGCCGUCAUGGUCUCCAGUUCCAUUGUUCGUUAGACGAUAUCUGGCUCAAUAUAUCCACCAACUCCAUCACUGGCUCCACACACACAACCCUCACCUCCUGCCUUUCCCAAACUCAACUUCCUCAAACUGAACUGUGACAAAUUAGAUAUCAUCUUCAUUGUUCCAAACAUUGGUUGUUACUCAUGAAAAGCUUCUCAGGCUUCGAUGAGAGAAUGGCCAUGCAUUGCCCUACUGAAGGGACAGAAAUUUAUGGAGGACUGAUGAAAUAUGAUAAAAACUGAUGACACAGGAUCAAAAAAACUAUGGCGCUGUUAUUAAUUAUUAGCAACAAUUUAUUCACAGCUCAGCACUCACUGUGUGUGGCUCGACAGUACAUUGUCAUGACCUGAA